ACAGAAGAAGUAUCAAAAAUUGAUGUAAGUGUGGGUUUAUAUACUUUAUUUCUAGCUGCAAAAAGGCAUAGAAAUAAUUCCAAUUCCACAACAUUACCCCCUUUAAUUUGGCCCUCCACUUCAAUCAUCUUAAAGAAGAUUGCUUCCAUGGGCCAUGCCACAUUCUCCACUUCACCCACAUAUAGUUUUGGAGAAGUGUACAAAAUUUGGGAAACCAAAAAACAAAGGCAUUGAUACCUUUAAUAAAUUCUCAACUAUCACUAAACUUAGUCAACAAAAUUGAUAUCACUCUUUUCUUUCUUAAAAGAAAUGCUAAAGUAAAGCUAAAAGAAAGACCCAACACUAGACAAAAGAAACCAAAAUAAAACAAAGUAAUAGUUACAAAACUACCCAUCUCUUCUCUCUUUUCCUUUCUCUAUAUCUAUAAGCCUGUCUUAAGUUGCUCCUCUCCUUUUCCUACUCUCUCAUAUUGUUCUAAUUAUUCCCUCCUUUUUUUUCUUCCUAGAAUUCAUGGUCUUCUAUUUUUCCAUAUCCGUACGAUUGAGUUCUUCCUUUUUUCUUCUAUAUCCAUAUAUUGAGUCUAUGAAAUAGUUACAAAACAAGUAUUUUAAAUCAUUGUUAUUUGACUCACAACUGCGUCAAAAAUCCUUUUCUUAUAGCAAUAAAAAGAGGUUUGAUUGAGUUAUCUUUCAUACUUUUGAAGUCAACUUAUGCAAAUUAUUGGAAAACCAAAACCAAAAUCCAAUAUAGCUAACUAGUUAGUAGUUACAUAUGAACCCAAAAGCGCCAUGUUCUCUAAGGUUGUGCACCAUAUCAUGCCCUGAAUGGUGCGAUGCUUUAUUCCCACCACUACUUCCACCACCUCCCUUUGCCUUCCCUGAAGACAACUCCCAAACUAGCCCAACCUUUUCGCCUCUCGUCAUCGCCAUUAUUGGAAUCCUGGCCAGUGCUUUUCUGUUAGUAAGUUACUACGCCAUAAUCUCCAAGUAUUGUGGGAAAUCAGAGUCUUCAAAUAACAGGAGCAGAGAAAUUCAUCCUUCAAAUGAUCAAGAAUUAUUUGAUGAAGAUUUCGAUCCUAGCAUUCGAAAUAACCCUUCUUAUCAUGAACCUUGGCUUAUUAGUACUCAAGGUUUAGAUGAAGCUUUGAUCAAAACUAUCACAGUUUUUAAGUACAAAAAAGGCCAAAAUGGUUUGAAUAAUUUGGUUGGAGUUAAUGAUUGUUCUGUUUGUCUAGGGGAGUUUCUUGAAGAUGAUACUUUAAGGCUUUUGCCUAAAUGUAGUCAUGCUUUUCAUGUUGUUUGCAUUGAUACUUGGCUAAGGUCUCACUCUAAUUGCCCUCUUUGUCGCGCUAAUAUAAUCUCCACUCUUGCUCAACCAACUCCAAAUAAUAAUCCUUCAUUCGUCGUUCUUCACAACAAUGAUACUAAUGCUCAAAAUCAUAAUCAUACUUUGUUAGAAAACCGCGUUGAUAUUGAACUAAGUGAUCAUAAUCUGGAAGGAACACAACUGAGUGAUGGAGUACAAGCAAGUGGGAGGAAUCUACGAAAGACUCCAUUUCGAGCUCUUAGUGAUCUCGGAGUUAGAGUUCAUGGAGGAGAGGAUACGAUGAAGAGGUCGAUUUCCAUGGAUCAUCGAUAUGAAACCCGAGUUGAUGUUACUAAGUAUAAUCAUGGAGAAGAAGAUAUAUGCCAAUUUCAUGAUCAAUGUUUGAAAAGAGCAGGCGGUGAAAGCAGCAAGUCUGGUAUAUGUAAUAACGGUAGUAGUAGUAGCAAAAGUGGGGUGUUGCAUUGUGUUAUGAGUAAUGUUGCAAUGAAACGAUCGUUUUCAAGUGGUAGAUUUUUGUUCAGUAAGAAUGGCAGAGGAAAAAAUGCAGUCAUUCCUCUAUGACAUAUCCCUACCAAAAAAAAGAAAAAGGGAAAACCACUUGUCUGGAAACAUACACUAUAUAUAUAUCACAUAUGUUGUCAAUUGUGAGGAUAAUGAUUUUGUAAACUGUCUGAUAUUAAGUUUUUUUCUUCUUUUGAACAAUGAUACUACCUAGUCUUCUUUGAUGUAUUUUCUGGCUUGUUAGAUUGGAAAGCUGUCAUAGAGAGUUUUGCUUCCUGCAUCUUUUUUCUUCUAAUUUGGUUUUUUGUGGGAAUUAAGUGUACGAAAAUGCGAAGCAUAAUUUGCUAUGAAUCACAGUUUUACACAGACUGUUUUAGUUCACUA